AUGCUCUUCGCCGAGAAGCCCAAAAGGUAUACCUCCUCGCACAACUGCCAGCUCUUCCUUCUUCAGCUUCUUUACCAAGGAUACGGAGUGCCCCUCGAUGAGAUGCCUCUUGCAGUGGGCUCUGUUGUUGCUUGCCCACUGCUGCUUGUGAUGGAGCUCACGUUUUUGGCUUUGUUUCUGGCACUCCAGACUACAGACGUGGCCGCAGUUUUGGUGCAGCAUGGAUUUGCGCAGAGCAUUCCUGUCUUAAGUUUGUUGUGGGACAUGGUCAUGAUCUUAGAGUCGAUGAGAGUCAACAUGGUGUACCAGAGUGGACGUUUGACCUUGCUAAAUGCAGGCUUAUUCAUUCUGGCAGUCGGUCUGGUUACUGGUCUGCAAGUCCUCAACGGAUAG